CCAAGAUGUCUUCAGGAAACGCUUUCAUUGGAAAACCAGCCCCUGACUUUACUGCCACGGCUGUAAUGCCAGAUGGACAAUUCAAAGAUGUCAAACUUUCUGACUAUAAAGGAAAAUACGUUGUGUUCUUCUUCUACCCCCUGGACUUCACUUUUGUCUGUCCAACUGAAAUUAUUGCAUACAGUGACAGAGCUGACGAAUUCAAGAAAAUUAACUGUGAAGUAAUUGGAGCUUCUGUUGACUCUCACUUUUGUCACCUGGCCUGGAUCAACACUCCAAAGAAACAGGGAGGCUUGGGUACUAUGAAAAUCCCAUUGAUUUCAGACACAAACCGUGCCAUUGCCAAACAAUAUGGGGUACUUAAAGAGGAUGAAGGUAUUGCAUACAGGGGCCUGUUCAUAAUUGAUGAGAAGGGGAUCUUGAGGCAGAUAACAAUCAAUGAUCUUCCUGUUGGCCGUUCUGUUGAUGAAACCCUCAGGCUUGUCCAGGCCUUCCAGUUUACAGAUAAGCAUGGAGAAGACUUAAAACAUUCUUUGUCAUUUCAGUGUGCCCAGCUGGCUGGAAGCCUGGCAGUGAUACAAUCAAGCCUGAUGUUCACAAAAGUAAAGAGUAUUUCUCCAAGCAGAAAUAAAUCUCCAGUCUGCAUGGAAACUAGUAUGCCUUACAUAAGGAGCAAGCAUCAGUUACUGAACUUUGACUAAGUCAUUGCAUCUGAGUCAAGGGAUCAUGCUAUAGGUUUAAGCAGUAACUUUUUUUUACUUGAAGGAAAGUUUGUCCUGUUGACAGUACCUUCAUAGAAAAUCUUAAUGAUCAGUAUCUGUACAUUAAGCCCUAAUGACUUUAGUGACAAUGCAGUGUAUGUGGUUAGACAUGUGUUGCAUAUAGAGCAGUGGUAUCCUUUUGUAACUCUAUUAAACUCGUGGAAAGAGCA